UGAACUUCUUUAUGAAAUAAGUCAAAAAGAAUAUAAAAAUGAAACAAAUACUUAUCCACAAAAUUCUACCAUCAAAUAUAAAGGUUUUGGUCAAAGUAUGAUUUAUAGAAUUAUUUCUGAAGGAAAAUAUCCUUUAGAUAACAAGCUUGCUUAUACUAAAAAACCGUUUCAAUAUAAAAUACCAAAUGAUUAUAAAGUUGAAGCUACUUAUGAUAAAAAAAUACAAAAAACUAUUGUUUGUUCAAUUAAAUAUUAUGGUCAAAAACCUGUAUUUCGUAUUAAAUAUGGAGAAAAUCCAGUUAAACAAGUUGAAUCUGACAAAAGUACAUCUGCAGUAGCAAAUGCAUAUCAAGCAGCAAUAGAAAAAAAACAAGUAAUACCAGUAUCUAGUGUAUUACCAUUAGCAGAAAUUGAUCUGAAUCAAAAAAUAGUUAAAAAUAAAGGAACGAAGUGGAAUAUGACUUUUUUGUUCGGAUUACAAUUACAACAAAUAAAAGAAGUUCGUGAAGCCUGUCAAAUUGCAAGAGGAAUUAAACCAUAUUCAUUAUUGAGUAAUUCUGGACAAAGAAAUC